AUGCUGAUGGAGGCAGUGUAUGGAUGUGAAAGGUUGUUGAGGUGAGUCUGCUUCUGCCGCUACCUCUGCCAAGCUGCAGAGCAGUUCUAGCGCUUCUAUUUCUGUCUCGGCCCGGCACAGGCAGCGAGGUGAGCAGUAAACCCAUGUGAUUCAUGGUUUGAUUAUCUUCGCCCACGGUCCUCCUUUUCUCCGUUCACUCCAAAGGCAUAUGCUCCCUAAACGUCUUGUCCUCUCUGCUCUACCAACCUACCUACUGCCGCUCCCUGCUAAAUCAGCUGGAGAGAUUUAAUAUGGCCCUUCUAUUUAGUGGAAGGUGACCCGUCCUGGCGUCCUUCAAGAACAAAACUAUUAACAGCUAGGCUUGAUGUCAUUACUGACUGCUUUACUGGUGCUCCACUGUUCAGUACGGUACUCUGCUAUCCUACUUUAAGGUGUUACUGUGUUCUCUCACCAUUAAACACCAGUGUUUUAUGGUUGUCUUUAUAAUGGUGCUGUUACUGGACGCUGCUGUUAAAACAUUAUGGACCACGUCCACGUCCAUUUCACAGCUGUGGGAACUGACAUUGACAUGUCCCUGACAAAUCUCUCAGGUCUCUAUUGGUGUUUGUAUCCAUCUUUUUUGUGUUGCAUGUCUUUCUUUCCUAUCUGCCUGAACAAUGAACCUGAUAUGGAGGGACAUCGCUAUCUCUAGAUAUUUCUCUUAAAUUCUCUUUUAUUAGAAUAUCUCUAACAUAACAAUACAUAUAUUUCUCUUUGUUUCUCUCUGUAUAGUAUGAACCUGACGUGGAGGGACAUGCAGCACCUGGUGGUUAGAACCUCUGACCCCGCCCACCUCAGCACUGACGACUGGAGGACCAAUGGAGUGGGCCGCAAAGGUAACAGGAGAGCUCUCAUUGGACUUGCCUUGGCUGACUGAACUACAUGAUAAGUGGACUCACUUGACUCUUUGGAACUUCACUCAUGGUUUUUCUGUCUCUCUCAGUGAGUCAUUCGUAUGGGUAUGGUCUGCUGGAUGCGGGGGCCAUGGUGGCCCUGGCUCAGAACUGGACCAGUGUGGGCCCACAGCACCAGUGUGUCCUCACCAUGCUCUCAGAGCCUAGGGACAUAGGUAGCCGGCUGCUGUUCAGUAAGACAUUGGACUCCUGCUGGGGCAGACCAGAGUAUGUCAACUCUCUGGAGCACGUCCAGGCCCGCCUCACUCUCUCCUACAACCACAGAGGAAACCUGGCUAUACACCUCAUCAGCCCCCAUGGGACACGCUCUACCCUGCUGGCACCCAGGUACACCCACACACACACCUACUGUAGAAAUACAAAGGAAACCUCAUAUCAGUCCGAUAGAUACACAAUCCCCCAGGUAAACAUACACACGUUCACAGAAAAACACAGUGCAGUGUUUGUUGUUUUUCAUUUAUGUUCGCUUGAAAUGUAUUUUUAGCAGCCGUUCUGGGAGGUAUUGUUUUUGAAGAGCCCUUCAUGGUUCAGGAUGGUUGCUAUGAGAUGAAUGUUUUUGGCUGUGAACCCUAACUACUCUCUCUGUGUCUCUCCCUUUCUCUCUCCCUCCCUCCCCAUCACCCUUUCCCCUCCUCUCGCUCACUCUUUUCAGGCCUAAAGACUAUUCGUCAGAGGGAUUUAUUGACUGGGCCUUCAUGACCACCCACAUGUGGGACGAGGACCCUCGAGGGGAGUGGACCCUGGAGAUAGAGAAUGUCUCAGAACAAGGACACGACUAUGGUAACAGGACGUCUGUGUACCUUCAUACAGCAGAGAGGCUCCUUCCUCCUCUUUUCUUUCUCCUUUCCCUCCUUCUUCUCCAGAAGGUCUCUGCUGUCGUUUGUUGCCGUCUCAGCGCAGCAGGGGAAAUAAGAGGAGUGAUUCUCUCUACUCCCUCUCUACUUCUCUCUCCUCUUCAUGGAUAUUCCUGUCCACAAUGUAUCAGUUCUCUCUCUCGUUCUUAAUCAGCCCUUGUUCUCCUCUCUCUGUGUUUGUCAGUCAGCUCACUCUUCAUCAUCAUCAUAUUACCGUCUCUCUGAGACUCUCACCCAUUCUACCUCUCUCCUCUUAGAGGUAUUUAAUUGUUAAUUCUCUCUGUUCUUCUUUCUCCUCUCUCUUGAGUUUGAAAUGUGUUCACCUUCUCUCUCUUCCUCUACUCUCUCCUCCACCUCUCAUCCUAUCUCCUCCACCUCUCUCAUCCUCUCUCUCUCCCCCCUCUCAGGUGUGUUGAGUCAGUUUACUCUGAUCCUGUACGGUACGGGCUCCAGCUCCAAUAACCCCUUGUCUCCUGACUUCCCCCGGCCUUCCAACAACAGCUGCAAGACCUUCGACACCCAGCAGAUCUGCAUCGGUGAGACUGACUGUCCGAGACACACUGAGAAAACUAUCUAGCACUAAAAGAUUGAAGCCACUGGUGACACUCAGCAUGUGGCUGUUGGCUUCUCAUGCAUAUGACGCAGGUUGGCAUUUUUUGAGAUCACUCAUGUACUGGAGGCAGCUCUGCAGAGUGGUCACUAGCUGGCACAACCACAAAAUUAUAACAUCUGAUUUUAAACCUAUCCCUAACCUCAACCACACUGCUAAAGUCAGAUGUACACGACACGAUUUUGGCUGUCCCAGACAAGUUUUUGAGAUCGGAGACAAAAUCCCCAUGUCGUUGCCUACUCGAGGCGCGUGGCUGUCACCAACGCUCGUUUAAUGUGAGCGGGUAAGAGAUGCAAUCUGAGGGCUACCGAUCCCAUCUUUGAGCAGCCACAGACAUCCCGAUAUUUUCAAACAUGUUUGAUUUUAAUCGGCACAAAAUCUGCAAUGCUCUUGUAGUGGGAGAUGUGCAACGACACAUUUUGAGAAAGGUGAUCAGCAAUAGCCAAUGAGAGCUCGCCAAAGAAGAAGCCAGUGAGAUGAUGACGUUGUUACGCAUUACACAAAAUGUGUAGACUCUCAAGCAGGAGCGAUGACUACUACUAGUAUGCAUUUGUACUUGCCUUUAACCAAAGCGACAAAUCAUUACAGCUCUGAAGUUCACAAGCAAUGUUAUUCAAUUCAAAAUGUUGGCUAAAUAUUUCAACUCUGUAUGGCAGGUGUAAAUGUCUGACUGAAAACGUUUGAGGCUGCUUUGUUCUAGCUACGUUAACAAUCUAAUCACAUAAUUGUUUUCACGAGACAUUGUGGAGGUAUCGAAAAUCCUUACGACCAACUGAAGAAUCUUGUAGUGUGUGACACCCCAUCUGUUCCACAUCGUGUAGUGUGGGCAUCACUACUUUGGCAAGACAAAAACUACAGGAAAGAUGGUCAUUUCAUGUGAGAGGCUCAGCGAUGUUAGGAUUUUGAAAGUCGUGUAGUGUACACCCGGCUUUACCCUAAUGCCUAACCCUAACCUUAAAUUAAGACCCAAAAGCACAUUUUUGCUUUCAUAAAUUUUUACGAUAUAGCCAAUUUUGACUUUGCAGCUGGCCCAUCUAGCGGAAACCGCUCAGUUCUGCCUCCAGGGCAAGACUCAUGACAAUAAACAUCAAUCUGCGCAUAUGACAGGAGUGUUAAAAGGCUUAAUUCCUGACAUGUUUUUGCUUUUUUUGUGUGUGGGUGUAUGUACAAGCCUUUGUCCCCACUGACUGCUCAGAAAAGCAGCACCUCAUCCCCCUGUGUGUGUGUGUGUAUCAUCUCGCUUUCUCACUUUCUCUUUCUCUCACUCAUCUCUUCCUCUCGCUCUUUCCCUCUUCCCCUCUCUCCCCCUUUCCAGAAUGCAGCCCAGGCUUCUCCCUGUUCCUGCAGGGUUGUGUGAAGCUCUGCCCCCCCGGCUUCACUGCAGGCCCCCAGCUCCUCAACAUGUCCCUGGACAAUUGGGUGGACUUGUCCUCGGCCCAGUCCUGCCUGCCAUGCCACCCUGCUUGCCUCACCUGUUCCGGACCCGGGCCCAGCGAUUGCCUCUCUUGCUCCCCUCACAGCCACCUGGUCCUCACCGCCUGCCUGCACCAGAACCAGGUCCAGCGCAAGUCCCCCACUGGCCCCAUCCUCCAGGGAGAGAUGGGUGGACCAGGGGAGAGCCCAGUGGGGUUAGAACAGGGGGGAGGGGGGGGAGGGGGGGAACCUCCAGGGCCUAGCCUGGCCCUGUCCUCCCCUCUGGCCACCCUCCUGGCGAUGCUCAGCUGUGCCUUCAUCCUGGCAGCCUUCGCCGGGGUCUUCCUUCUGCUGCAGCUGCGCUCUGGUGGCGCCCCCUGGGCCCGGAGGACCAAACUGCACUCUGUGGAGACGGGGGGAUGGGCCUCGGGGGGCUUCGGCCUGGGGCUGGGCUGGGAGAGGCAGGGCAGGGUAUCCUAUAAGGGGAUCCCCACCGUGUGGGGGGACGAGGACCAGGUAACACUGGGGGGCUCUGAUUCCGACAGUGAAGAGCUGAACUGCCACAGUGAGAGGACAGCCUUUAUCAGGACGCAGAGCUCUCUCUAG